AUGAGCAGUGCAAUUAAAGCGAAUACACAGACGUCUGCAGCACAGAAAAUCGAGUUAGACGAAGCAUUUGUGCGGUCUCCUGGCAGUUUAAGUUUCAGUGAUGAAGAUGACAGCAGUUAUGAAGGAGCGGACGAUAGUGCGUUCUUUUUUCUGAAUAUUUUUAGAAUAACUGAAGACUUGUUUGUACUUGAUGAGGAUGUCGUGCCGGAAAGCGAAACGGGUAAAUUAGACGAGCGCUUCACUGAAUUUUGUGUUGAUGGUUCUCUUCGAACGGAAUCUGAUGAUCUAAUCGUAACUCUUUGUCUCUGUGAUGGCCAAAAUAGCGUCUGCGGUGAUGCUCGGUUUCAGCCACUGGCUGAAGAUGCCUCAUUGGCUCACGAAUUCAGUCGUUAUUUGCGUGCUUGA